CUAACUUUUAGACCCACGACGAGUUUAUUGUGGAUGUGAUAGCCCAUGUUCAGCAGACUCAGACACAGUAGUUUCGUUGGGGACAUCGACGUCCACAAAGCUGCAGAUUCCUCGGAUCGUCCGUCGUGCUUCAUUAAUGUAUUUCGCACUGGGUAGAUCGAUUUCAUUCUGUUUCAUCGACGAUUGCAGAUGUGGGGGAAGUAAGUUAGCGUAUUUUUCAGUCGACUACUCGUAUUCUUCCGCUUUUACUUGCGCUGUAUAAAUAUGGGUGGGGAGGACGAGAUCACGGAGCAUUGGGAUGAUAAUUUCCUUGUACAAGAACGUACGACCUCUGGCUCUGCGACUACAACGGGGGUAGUACCUACGUUGAGGAGAAAGUUGCUAAUGAUAAUGACGAACGGUACUAUACACAAUGAUCCACAAGCGAGGUACUUCUAAAGUCGAGCC